AUGUACCUGAGUAGGCAAUUGACGGCGGCUGAGGGGAGAUACUGCCUAACGGAGAUGGAGUUGUGGGGAUUAAUGCGGGUUGUGAAGAAGAUUAAACACAUAGUGGACGCGGCGCCGACGGUGAUCGCCUUCACCGACCACAGCGCGGUGGUGGCAAUGGCGAAGAAGACAGUCAUUGCAAACACCGUCUCCCCGGAUCGAUUGAACAUGCGACUCGUUACGGUGUCGACCUACCUUUCCCAAUUCGACAACCUCGAAGUCGUCUUCAGGCCUGGCAAGAUCCACAAGAUCCCGGACGUGCUGGUUGGCGAACUCGCUCGCCUACGCCGGGAGGACUUGCUUCACGCCAACAAUAGCAAGCAGCAGUCCCAGUUCCGCCCACAUUUCUAG